AUGUUUAAUGAAGAACAAAAUGUCAAUAAUUAUUACCCAAUAAAAUUGGGCAUAGACAGGCCCGCUGUUGAUUUCAAUUCAUCAAUUUGCAAUUUCCUAAAAAGUGACAUAUAUAAAAGACAGUUUGAGAGAAACUUGUACCCGAAUCAUCCCAUUUUUUCAAGAAGAAUUAAGCCUCCUUUCUGCUAUAGUAAUAUGAUAGAUAGAUAUGAUGGUGUGCUUUCACAUCUAGCAUAUUCGUGUUUAAAUAAAAGUAAAGGAAUGAUUAUGAGCCUGAAAUGGUUUAAUGAUGGUAAGAGAUUAUUAACAGGAACUCAACUAAGCGAACUAGCUAUUUGGAAUGGUCUUUAUUUUAAUUUUGAAGAUAUAAAAAGAAUACCAAUAGGAGGUGGUUCUGUUUCAUGUUUAGAAUGGUCAAAAAAUGAUAACUUAUUUGCAGGAAAUUCAUUAGGACAGAUUGUUAUUUUAUCAUCAGCUCUAAAUUUAUUGGAUAAUUAUGCAUUUGAAGGAUUAACAAAAUGUGUUCUUGAUAUUAGUUUAUCAUGUUGUAACACUAAAUUGGCUGGUUGUGCAGAUACAUGUAAUCCCAUCAUUUGGGAUAUAAAAACAAGGAAAAUUAUAAAAGAUCUAAAAUGCAAAAAUAUAGAUACGAACAAUACUAGUUGCCUAUCAUGGAAUCCAAUAAAUGAAAUUGUAGCUAGUGGAAAUAGAACCCAAACAAUAUCCUUCUGGGAUAUUAGAAUUAAUGAACCGAUUAUAUCUCUCAAUGCACAUAAAGCAAAUGUAAAUAAAAUAAAAUGGAAUUAUAACGGCACUUAUUUAUUAAGUUGUAGUAGAGAUAGCUUAAUUAAAUUAUGGGACAUCCGUAACUUUAAACUUUUGCACUCUUAUAAAAAUGAUCAAAUUCAUAGUAGUAUAUUUGGAUUAAAUUAUGAACCUACUUUUGUAGCUUGGAAUCCUAUACAAAAUCAUAUUUUCGCUAGUUCCGACAACAAGGGAAACAUCAAAUUUUAUAGUACUAAUGAUAACAAAUGUAUCCAAUCUAUUUCUUCAGCUCAUGGUUUUGAUAAACCAUCUUCUAUCACAUUGUUAGACUGGAAUCCUCUUGGUCAUAUCCUAACCUCGUUUGGGGAUGAUAAAUUGCUUAAAUUUUGGUCUGCAUCUAGUUGUGAUUCCAUUAUUUCAAAAGAAAUAGAUGCAAAGUCUUUAAUCAGUAUUACCAAUAGUGGCUCCUUUCCCAAUUCAAAAUAUAUUAAUGACGAAAAUAUGUUAGAUGUAAGCAGUAAUCAGUCCAUUUCGGACUUAGAAGAAGAGGGUUACAAGUUCAACAAAUUGAAUAAUAACUAUUACAGGAAAGUUUCGCACGCUCGUAAAAAACGGAAAAAACUGAAAAAAGCAAAAUACUCCAGGGUUGGGGGAUGA